AUGCGUCAAUCUAUAUUUUUGGGAAGUUCUGUGAGAAGAAAAAACUGUGUUAAAAAUUACUUGGUCUCCUCAGACAGUGAUAUAGAUGACGAAAAUAGCAACCUAAAUACUCCACCAAGAAAUCCAAGUACAAAGUUAAAAGAAGAAUAUUUUUACAGUGAUCACUCAAAUUUAAAUGAACCUUCUUCAAGGCCUUCAAUAAGUUUGGCAACUUCUGUUAGGAGAAAAGUAUAUCACAUAGACUCAAGUGAAGAUAGCUAUACAGAAGAUGCAGACUUAAUCUACUUGAAUAAUAAUCCGGAAAGUUUUAUGCCAGAGAUUCUGGAAAAUCUCCAUGAAUCACCAACCCAACCUUGUAUUCAUUAUGAAAGUGAAUUUGAGCCAAAUAGUCAUCUAUCUUCUAACUACUCUACUAUUGGAAAUAGAAGAAGAAACUGUAUAUUUAGUAGUGAAGAGGAGGACUGUGCCCUAAUAACUUCAAGACCUUCAAUUAAGUAUCAGUCUUCAGUUAGAAGAAAAAAUAAUUCAAGAAAAAUCCUAAUAAUAGAAUCUGAUUCGGAAGAUGAAUUCAAUCUUGAUAUUACAAGGAGAAGGUCAUCUUUUUGCUUUGGCCCAGAACUAAUUUCUGGGUCAAAAAUUCCGAAUUAUACUCCAGACAAACAAACUUCCUGGAGAUCACUUGAUUCUGACUUGGAAGUUAAUGAGAAAGACGAUUCUUCAGACACUUUGAAAGAAUUGGAAUGGCAAACAGCUAUUUCGCACUUUGACUUCGAAGAUGAAGAGAUAGAAAGAAACGAGCUAAUUGUUCAUCCCGACUACGGAACCGAACAAGAAGAUGAAACAGGAAAACACCAAGAGAUUCUAAAAAAAGAUGAGAAAGAAGAACCCCUAGAAAGAUUUGGCUUAUUUAGCGAUGAAGAGCAAGAAAAACAGUUUGACUCUGAAAGUGAAAAGGAAAACAAUAGUCUAAGGAAUUUGAAUAUCAAUCAAGUGGCAAAUAUAACCAAAGAAAUAUCUUUGAAAAAUGUUUCAGACAAAUUUGGAGCAUUUGUGAGACAAAGGUCAUCCCUUGCAAAAUUCUGGUACCAAAAUUUUAACAAACAAGUAUUUCAAAAUAGGCUUCCAGAAGAGAUCCCAAUUAAAUGGACAGGAAGAUUACAAAGAACUGCAGCUCAAACACUAUUUAUUACUAAUGUGGAUGGCUCUAAAAGAGUGAUAAUCAAGCUUUCAAAAUAUGUUUUAGAUUGUGAAUUCAGACUAAAGAAAACAUUGCUUCAUGAAUGUUGCCAUGUAGCUCAAUUUUUAUUGGACUCUUGUAUUAAGCCUCCUCAUGGGCAGAUAUUUAUGAAAUGGGGAAAAGUAGCCACAAAAGUAUUUCCAGAGUUGAAGGUUGAGAUUUACCACAAUUAUGAAAUCAUAUACAAAUAUAGAUAUCAAUGUUUGAGAUGUUUUCAAAUGUUUGGAAGGCAAACCAAGAUAAAUGAUGAAACUAAGAUUGUAUGCUCAGUCUGUAAUGGGACAGUAAUCUUCAUUGGAAAAGGAACUUUAAGUAAUAAUAGCAAGGGAUUUCAAAUUAAGCCCCAAGAGUUACCUCAAACACAAAAGAGCAAAUCCAAUCCGUACUCUGAGUUUGUUAAGGAGAAGUUUGCAGAAUUUAAGAGAAGCAUCAGAGAGGGCAGAACCCCCUCCAGAAGAGCUCCAAGCAUUAUGAGAGAAAUUGCAAAACUUUGGAAACAGAAAAAGACAGUAGAUUUAAUCCAAGAAUUUGAAAAGCUUUCUAUUAACAAUUAA